GAGCUGUACUUGACAGGUAUCACCAGACAACAUCAGUUGCAGACGACAUCAAUACAUUGAACUCUGUGGUCACCGUAUACGGAGAGAGAGAUUUUCAUAGUUUCCUGGACAGGUGAAAACAGAGGCAGUUUAAUCGGUAGACGUGACACUGAGCUAACACUGGUGCAUGUGUAUUAAUUAGGAGGAUCGUCUCUACUCAGAAAACAUGGUCUAUUCCACUCCUGCUUCAUAGUGUAGAGUUUGUGAUGUAAGGUAUACUAAAUACCAUGACGAUUAUCGCAGAUCGACAAGGAUAGAGUAAGGUGGACACCAUGUAUAGUUUAAGGACCUCCUGAUUGGUAGGCAUUCAGUUAUGACGAGCACAAGUGCAGAGAUUUCCGAGAGUGUCCCGAUCCCCUCUACCACCAUCGAUGGCUCAGCGAAGCUCCGAAGUAUUCUAUGCAGCAUUAUACUGAUGGCCAUUGUGGCCAUCGUUUGGAUUCUGGCUACUCAGUUUGCGCGGGAAACCUACAUUUCCGGAAAGUUUGAGGCGCCAUUUCUAUUGAUGUACAUCUGGAGCGGAGGGCUCAUACUAUUUUACCCUAUCUAUGUGGUGACGAGGUUUGUGUACAAGAAUAGAACAAGCAAGCCGUCAGAGGAAUUUAGAAAGCAUAUCCGGCUUUACUACACCGACGGAGAUCGAGGUGUACGUCAAUACGUAGGACUGUCCGCCAUGUUCUGUGUUCUCUGGGGCCUCAUGCAGUUUACCUACAUCCGGGCACUUGACCCAAACCUGCUUUUGCCGACAGUCGUCGCUGCACUUUAUUCAACCUACCACAGUUUUGUAUAUCUUCUGUCAUGGAUCAUCCUGUUUGACAAGUUUGUGGCUCUCAGGAUCUUUGCAAUGAUCUUCUCAAUUUCCGGAAUGGUGCUGUCUGCGUACGCUGGCGGGUUUGGUUCUACGUCUAUGUGGGGAGUGAUACUCUCUGUGUCGGCGUCCGCUACCAUGUCUGUAUACAAGGUUUUAUAUAAGAAGUUUCUUGGAAGUCCUGAUUACGGCCAAAUAUCCCUUUUCACAAGUCUCAUAGGAAUUGUGAACGUGUUGUGUCUUUGGCCAGUGGUGCUAUCGUUGUGCUGGACAAAAACUGAAGUUAUCACAUUCGACUGUAUUCCGUGGGGCUACGUCAUCGGAUCUGCAGUUUCUAUUUCCGUCCUGCAUUCAUUUCUCCACUAUAUGGAGCCGGCGCUGCACGGCGUGUUCCUGGGCCUGGGAUUCCUCCUCGGACUUGUUUUAAGUGCAUUUAUUGACUAUCUAUGGCGAGGAAUAUACUUCAGCGGAAUGGAGAUAGCGGCUGUGGUAUUGACGUCACUCGGUAUCCUCCUCGUGUCUCUCCCUGAUCAAUGCCCUGCUGACUUUAAUACGUUAAGCACGUGGUGUCGGCGCCGGAAACGAUGUGAUGUGCACGGAACGUCGCAAUCUGAAAACGAGGCGCCCAGCACAAGAUGGCGAAGGAACAGGAAGACAUAAAACAUAAUCAAACAUGAUGCUAAUGAUUGACCAUUUUUUUGUAUGACAUUUAUGUUUUAUUCUGACAACUGGUCGUACCGCCUCGGACACGUGACAGAUGCCUUUUGUACAAACUGUUGUUACAUAUCUUUGUUUGUUUUCUGGGUUUAUCGCCCAGUGAACAGCCAGGGUCAUUUUGAGACGGGGUCUCCUCGUAGCAGUUAGUGAGUAUCUCACAGAACAACACAAGAGGCCGGUCGCCUGCCACCCAGGCAAUUAGAGUUUUGCCCUUACAACCACGACAUCACAGACUGGCCAGUUUCUCAGCUUUCCGAGAAACACAAACCGACACGGGUAGGGAGCGUCGAACCACUUACCUAGGAUCCACACUUGAGGUUACGUGCAUGGCCGGCAACCAUGUACCUCGGAUCUUCACUUUCGGAUACGUACGCGGCUGGGGGUCGAAGGCCACACCAAAUUAAUCAGUUGUUCGUCGGGAAUCUCGCUCCUAAAAUGUCCACGUCCAGAAAAAAAAAAAAAAUAAUAAUAAUAAUAAACCAAUUUUGCCGCGCACCUCCGGGAAAAUUGGCAAAUUUCCGUUUUCUGUCUUUUUCUCGGUCUUUUAAAACACAUCUUCUUCAAAAGCUAUAAAUAACAAAUAUUACAUAUUUGAUAUACAUUACCUGCCUUGCAUUGAUUCAUGUUGUUAAAUGUCGCACUGUUUGCCACCUGAUUGAAUGUGUUGCGUUGUUUUGAUACAAUGGUAAACAUCAUUACAUGUAUUGUAUAUCUCAUGGGCGUAUACAAGGGAACAACCAACCAAUUGAACAAAAUAUUUUCUGAAACAUCCCCUGUGUAUAGAAA